GCCACAGCAUUGACUUCUGCUGGCUAGCAGCUCGGCUAACUGAUAGCUGGCUGUUGGAACUCCUCCGGCGCUCAGCGGAGUUCCGCCUCGGUGUCACCGACAGACAAACGCAUUUGGUUCCCACUUCCACUGUCUAUUCAUCCGGGAUGUCUCUCCUGGAGAAGUCCCCGACCCCCGGCAGGCUGUUGCUGGACGACACGUUGCCGCUGACGGCGUUGAUCGAAGCCAGCCAGAACCUUCAGUCCCACACGGAGUACAUCAUCAGAGUCCAGAGGGGCGUGUCUUCAGACAACAGCUGGCAGGUUAUUCGCCGCUACAGCGACUUCGACAUCCUGAACAGCAGCUUGAUGGUGUGUGGAAUCAGUCUGCCGCUCCCUCCAAAGAAACUGAUCGGAAACAUGGACAGAGAGUUCAUAGCAGAGAGGCAGAGGGGGCUGCAGGCCUACCUGGACUCCAUUACCCAGCAUCCCCUGAUCUGCACUUCCCUGUUUGUCAAGAAGUUCCUCGACCCCAACAACUACUCAGCCAACUACACAGAAAUUGCUCUGCAGCAAGUCUCCAUGUUCUUCAGGUCAGACCCAAAGUGGGAGGUCCUGGAGCCCCUUAAGGAUAUGGGAUGGAGAAUAAGGAAGAAAUAUUUCCUGAUCAAAAAUAAGGAGCAGCCUAAAGAGCGCUUCCUGCUGAGCUGGGUGGAUCUGGGUUCUGAUAAGUUCCUCUCAGACAAAGACCUGCAGUCGGCCCUGAAGCUGCUCUCCAACCCGUCUACGCCGUAUCUGAGUCCGCUGCUGUUCUCCAGCACCAGCGAGUCUUCGGCUCUGCUCGUCCGGCCCUUCGGUGAAAGAGGCUCUCUGAGGGACCAGAUCUGCAAGGUGAAACCCAGAGAGAGUCACCUGAAGAAGUACUGCAACCCCAAGAAGAGCCAGGGCCUGGAGCUGGAGCAGAUCCAGCUGUUCGGCCGUCAGAUCCUGGAGAGCCUGAAGCUUCUCCACGACAGCGGUCUGUUCUUCGGCCAUCUGCACGCCUCCAACGUCAUGGUGGACGACGGCGUGUGUCGGCUGGUGGAUGUGGAGAACGGCAUGCUGGGAGUUCCCUCUGUCCUGAGGCCGGCCUUCACGCAGCUGAGGAAGAUCAACACUACAGAAAGCAUCGACGUGUUCUGCUUCGGACAUUUACUGUACGAGAUGACGUACGGCCGGCCGCCGGACAGCGUCCCACUGGACCAGUUCCCGUCCGCCCCGCACGCCGCCGUGGUAUCGGUUCUGCAGUCCAUCCUGUCUGCAGACGCCUGCAAGAGCGGCAUGCCGACGGUGCCGGCGCUCAUCCAGACUCCGCUCUUCAGUGACGUCAAGCUCAAACUCUCAGAAAAACUGCAGAUAAAGAUUCCCAGCCGCCUGAAGGAGGUGCUGAAGUCGGCAAAGGGAAGUUUGGAGAAGCGGCUGCAUGAAGAGCAGAGGAUGCUGCAUCAGCACCGGCGGCUGACCCGAGCUCAGUCUCACUACGGCUCCGAAGAGGAGAAGAAGAGGAGGAAGAUCCUGGCGAGAAAGAAAUGCAGACAGUCGACGUGUGAGAACGAAGAGGACGUCUCUGUCCGAAACAACAACAACUCUGGUUCAGGAGCCAGUUCACCUCCCACCUGUCCUUCUUCCCCCACCCCUCCUCCUGCUACAGGGUCGACUCCUCCUCCAGCUCCUCCUCCAGCUCCGCCUCCGGCUCCGCCCCCACCCACAGCGCCGGACUCUUCCUCCUCUCCUCCUCCUCCUCCGGGUCGGGCCGCACUGCUCAGCUCCAUCCAGACCUUCAGCAAAGGCAAGCUGAAGAAGGCCGACACCGCGGACCGCAGCACGGCGCGGUUCUGACCCGAAGCGUUGCCGCGGCGACCGGCAGUCCGCACCGUGCUCGCUCCGUCCCAGAGAUGUGAAAACAAUCACUAAGAAAGUUCCUUUGAUCUGUUCCUGCUUCUGCUGCCUUUUAGCGGUUUUAGUCUGUUGCUGCGAGGAAACGGGUCAGAACUGCACAAUCUCCAGCAGCCGUCCAUCUUUGGCGUUUUUUUGUUUUUAAAAGAGAGAAACAUCUGGAUGUUGUUGGGACUUUUCUUUCAGCAAACCAGAGUCCAGUAGCGAUCAGAAAAACGUCCAGGAAGCUGCCGAUUCUUCAUUUAAAUUUUUUGUUUCUUUUUUUUUGCACAUUAGGAAAAACCGAAAGGAGUAAAUUCCUCCCAAAUGUUUUCUAUAAUUUACAACAAAAGGUCCAAUCUUAGAAUAUUAACUUAUUAAUGAAGUUGUGACUUUAGGAGAAGUAAAGUGAAUAUUUUAUGUGUUGAAUGUCCAAACUCAGACGGAUGGAUGUCUUCCAGCCGAUGCUGGACUAAAACGACGGAAACAAUCAACAGUAGACAGCGUUCUCCCUCCAUACAGCCGAUCUGCUCUGAAGUUAACCCUCAGCAGUGUCUGUCAGGCUUAUUUGACCCUCAGCUGUGUCUGUCAGGCUUAGUUAACCCUCAGCUGUGUCUGUCAGGUGUAGCAGGUUGGAUAGUUGAAACCUGACAGGAUGUUCGUUGUGUCCAACAGUUGUUGAAUGUUAAUUUCAGAGCCCAGAAGUUGUUUUUCAUGCAGCUUUGUUAAAAUGUUUUAUUGUUUUUGUGCCAUAUGGAUUACAUCGUGCCGAUGGAGAUCUUGAAUGUUUCUUUUUAUUGCAUGUGACAGUUUCGUACAUAGAGGACUUUAUAUUCAGCUCCUGUGGUGAUGACGACGGCCACGUUGGAGACAGGUUUUUUGUUUGAAAUCAAACCAAGUUCUUGCUAGAAUCCUAAAUGAUUUAUUUUGGAUCAGUGCAAUCCGGGCUGGUCCAGAACCGUCUUUAAAUGAUCUCAGAAUGAUCUCUGUGCAGCACUUUAGAGGUUCGGUCCAGAUGACUGUUUUUAUUCACAGAGGCAGCAUUGAGCUGCAAACUCUAAGAAGUUUACUGGAUUUGCAGCUGAUUUUUUUUCCUUUUUUCUUUUGAGUAAAUACGUAAAAAAAAAAAAUUGCUUCAUGUGAAUGAAAACUCGUCUAAAAAACGGUUCAGGGAAACAAUGAGUCGUGUAUUGCACAUGCUUGUAUUUGAUUGCACCAUUUAAUGGGGUGAAUUUAAAAUGCUUAAAUAAAAACAGAUUUCUUUACAAUA